AGGCGAUAUAAGGCACCCAGCGGGAGGCACGGAGCAGCCCCGGUGCGCCGAGCCACCCCCGAGGGGAAGGAACCGGGGCAGCGGUGGAUGGAGGAGCAGAGAGCAGCAAUGGAAAGGAUUGUGAGAGGCUUGCUGCUGCUCUCUGUGCUCUGCCUGGCUGACUGUGAAGGCAACAAGAGUGAGCUGGCCAGCACCCAUGGCCUGAGGCCAGGGGUUGCCCUCCGUGUCAAGAGGAGCCCAGAUGCCUGCCUGCCAAACCCGUGCCAGCACCAGGGGCAGUGCCAGGUGCCUGUGGACAGACCAGUUUGCAGCUGCAAGCCAGGCUUCACAGGGGAAUUCUGCCAAGAUGUGGUGCUGAAGCUGGCCUGUGAGGAAGAGCACAUGAAGAUGAUGGUGAGGAAGGAGGUGUUUGAGCUCUUGAAAAUCCCGCUGGAGCUUGUCCACUUGAAGAACCAGGCAUGCAAGGUCUCAGAGAAGGAAGAAGAGGGUGAGCUGUUUUUUGCAGCCAUUCUCACAGGUGAAAACCACACUGCCUGUGGAUCAGUAAUCCAGCAAAACAGUUCCCAUGUCUCGUACUCCAACGCCAUCGAGUCGGAGCAGGAGGUGCCCAGGGCCACGAUCUCCCGCAGUUUUCAGCUGGAGGUGCACUUCUCCUGCAUCUACGCCUACCAGCAGGUUGUGAGGCUGCCCUUUGCUCUCACCGCUGUUGACAAGUUGGUACAGCUUGUGGUCAGAGAAGGACACUUCAAUGUCAGCAUGAGACUCUACAAGUCCUCCUCCUACCUUGAGCCUUAUCACCUGCCAAGUGUGUCUGUCCCCCUCACGGACACACUCUAUGUCCUGCUGAAGAUGGAAGGGCAGCACCAGCUCAAGUACUUCCUGCUGAGUGUUUUGGACUGCUGGGCCACGCCGAGCACGGAUCCGCACCAGGACACGCAGCACAAGCUCAUUGAGCAGGGGUGUCCCCAUGACGAGACAGUGACCUAUCUGAAUGCCAUUGGAGAGAGCACCACUGCCAAGUUCAGCUUCCAGAUGUUUCAGUUUGUUGGUUACCCUGAGGUGUUCCUGCACUGCCGUGUGCAGCUCUGUGUUCCUGACAGCCCGGAGCCCUGUGCCAAGCAAUGCCCCAGGCACUGGAGGAGCAGGAGGGCACUGGCAGAUGACUACAACAGGAUUGUCUCCUACGGGCCCAUCCUGCUGCUGGUUGCUCCUUCCUCAGGAGCAGAGAUCCACCAUUCCAGCAGUGACCAGCAGGACCCAGCGGGACCCAGCCCGUGGCUCUCCAGGGCCCUCAUUCUGCUGGGUGUGCUCGCCGUGCUCACCGUGGCUGCUGCGGCCGUCAGCGUGGGGCGGAGAUUGGGUUAGGAAACAGCUGUUUCCCAAUAAACAUGACAGGAGCAGA